GAGCGCUGGGAGUGGGCUCGCUCUCUGCGAGGGGCGCCUGACUCCUCGCCUGGGGCCGCCUCGAUCUCGGAGGCUCCGCUCCCUCGGGAGCCGCCUCCCAGACUCUCCCCGGCUCGCAGAGGUUUGGCUGCUUCCCUGGACACCCCCGAGUCUAUCCCCUUUGCGACCGGCCGCCCUCUUACGGCCCCCAGCAGCCUCCGCAUCCUGGCUCUCCCGAUUCUCGGGAAGACUUCGCGGGGCUAUGCAGUGUCCUUGGCCUCGGGAUGACCCGCUUCUGUCCCGGACGCAGGGAACCGGGAAGAUCUGCCCUCUCGUCCGCCGCUGCAAAGAUUGAUUCUCCGUGCAAGUGUAGACACUUUGCAGUUCGACACUUUGCAGAGUGUUUCUAGGUGCAUUCUGUUUGUUGCUGCCUUUGUGGUGUGUGCAGUCAUUCUUGUGUUUGUUUUACGCCUACCUGGAUUUCUAGGGUCAUUCGUCCCUUCCUGGGGACUCGCCCCGCGCACGACUGCCUGCUUUGCACCUUUUGGUGCUCGCGUGAACCUUUUCACUCGUUUUGGGUGGCUCCAAACCCGGGGAAGUUUUACUUGGCGCCCGACACUUGCGUUUCCCAGCGGUGAUUUCCCGAGUUCCCAGAAAGCCUUGUAGGAAACCGCACCGGCCACCUUCCCCUUUUCCCGGAUCUGCUGAGACGCUGGAAUCCUGCGUUUCCCUGUCGAGGUGCGUGGAUUAUGGGCAAAUUGUUUGAGUUCCGAUUUAGGAAAGAGGUGUGUGAUGUGCCCUCCUCGGCGUGGCAGAAGGACCUAUUCAUUCACAAAAACAUCUUGUUGAGGACCAGAUUUAGUGACUGUACCUGCGUGCUUUCCACUGCCAGAUGCCUGGGUCCCCGCCGGGCUUGGGUUUGGUGUCAGACUCCAGAGACAGCGUCUAUUUCUUGAUGUCCUUUAUUUCCUUUGCACGUUAAAUUUCCUUCGGAGAAUUUUGUGAGUACUUAGGGCUUUCUUUGUUGUGGAUAAUGGGAGCCAAUGGCUCCAGACGUCUCAAAACCAUUGCAUCUAGUUCGGUCCGUACUUUAGGUGUAAAGGGCGGGAAAUGGGCGGCGAUUAUGUCCUGGGGCAGAUCCGAGGGACCACUCCCCAAGCUGUUUCUUUUUGGUGCUUUUCUCUUUAGAUUUUCCAGAUUCAUUGUCAGAGAACAGUUUAUCAAUAGAAAAAGAGGCAAGAUAAGUGACACUCUUUUCUUAGAAGGUCUACCUUUUAAUGCAGUUUUGUAGCCCAAUGUACCCUCCUUAAAAAAAAAAGGAUGAUCUUUAAUUAGCUUAAAUUAUGCAAGUAGUCUAGUGUUAUAGUAUAUUUGUGAUUCUUAAAUACGUUUUGUGACUGAAAUGCUUCAUUUUGCUGAAUAUAAAGGCAUCUUGUCCCCACUCACCACCACACACCUGCAGCCUUUGUAAUCGCCACGUAGUUGAUCCGUAAUGCAAAUGGCUUUUUGAAGUGUUCGUUGGUGAGAAUGCCUUGUAACUGAGUUGCAUUGACACCACUCCCACAGGGCAUGUCCCAGUCCUCUUCGAAUGCUGGGCAUUGUGGAGAUGGAGAACCAUCUGCCAACCUCAGGAGUAUUCUGGGAAUACUAAGUUCCAGAAAAUGGGUGGGGUAUUCCAUUUUUGUGUUUUGGAUUUGAGGCGUAUUAUUUAUUUGGCUUACUCUUUACUAUUUUUGAUCCUCUACAUAAGGCAAAGUGCUAUGAAGAGCUCAACAUACAUUUGUUCAUGGUUCUCAUUAAGGAAGCCUCACGUAAGUGUCAAUGGACAUCUGAUCCCCUGCUGCCUUUGUUUGAAAACCAAGAAGUUUUGUUGUGCUGAUUUAACUACCUGCAAUUUUUGCUGAUGCUCUCAUGAAAAAAAAUGCUGAUUCUGUCCUUUUUGACCCCCGUGUGAAACUUUGACUUUUCAUACACUUGUUCAUUCUUUUACCCUCCAUAAAGAUGUCUGAACCUGACUCUUCAUCUGUGUUUUCGGGCAAUGUGGAAAAUGGAACUUUCCUUGAGCUGUUUCCCACAUCCCUGUCCACAUCGGUGGACCCGUCCUCAGGCCACCUGUCAAAUGUCUACAUCUAUGUGUCCAUUUUCCUCAGCCUUCUAGCGUUUCUGCUUCUGCUUUUAAUCAUUGCCCUCCAGAGGCUCAAAAAUAUCAUCUCCUCCAGUUCCUCCUACCCGGAGUACCCAAGCGACGCCGGAAGUUCUUUCACCAAUUUGGAAGUCUGUAGUAUUUCCUCUCAAAGGUCCACUUUCUCAAACCUUUCAUCGUGAAGAAAAUGGAAGAGUCCCUGCAGGCUGCAGAGCUUAGGUUUUCCCUCACAGGAAAUGUCACAUGAAGCCUUUGCCUCAUGAAAGAAAUGAGCCUUUUGUUUUUGUCAACUAAUUAGGCCUGUUUCUCCUUCUCCUUCACCCCUGAUUUUUUUGUUGUUGUUGCUCAUGAUGCUUUUCAUUUGUGAAUGUAGAAGCUGAUGCUGACAGAAAUGCCUGCAAACCUCGAGCUGCAGAAUUUCACACAAACCACUGGAAUCCGGAGCUGGCUUCUUCAAGCUCGGUCGGUUCAUUCCACUCUGUUGGACACCUGAGGCAGAAGUCACCUGAGGGGACCUUGCAGUGGAUGGUGGAUAUGGACUCUGUACUUCAUUUCUCUUACAAAACCGUGAAACCGACUCAGCCAGCAGAACCUGGCAAAAUUAAGUCUAAACUAUUUAGAAGAUAUUUUCCGUAUUUAAAAGAUAAAGUGGAAACACCGAAUUAAAAAAAGAGUCAAUUUAGAUUUAAUGUGUAACAUUUUUAAAACUGGAAGGAAAAUAUGCUAAAUGUUUAUUUAUUUUCACCUUAAGUGGAAAUCACAUUUAUUGAUGAAUUAAGUCAUAUUUGGAAAGGUUUUGGAAGAGUUUAAUUUUUCAUAGCUAGGCAAAUAUGUAUUAUGAUGCAGUUUGUAAUGUAUUUCUGCCUCUUGGGGUUUUUUUCCUACUUAUGUUGUAGUCAUAAGGCCCCACAGUUGUGGAAUUCUUUGUGAUAAUUGCUGUUACUAUUACUAAGAGAAGCACCAGAAGGGACACCGAGAUAUUUUUAUUUUAUAGCUAUACUUUCCAUCAGCAGGAAUUAAGCAUAUGGAAAAUAUUCAUUCAGUUGUGUUUUAUACAGUAAUAAUUCCUAGCAGUCAUGCAAGUAUGUUCCGUUAUUCAGUUUCAUAGUCUUUAUAAUUUUAGUGCAGAAUUAUAUUAACUCUGAGAUGUUAGAUGUUUGUUCACUCACAUUAGGUUGCAAAACUUAGAGACUAAAUUGUUAAUAUACGUGUUGUUAUAUACUCCAUGAAUGUUACAUGUCGCUGAUAAUUAGUUGUUGUAUGUUAACAUAAUACUCUGCAUAAGGACUCCAGGACACGCGUUUAUAUUAAAAAUUGUAGACACUCAAGUUGUGUGGCUGCUGGGAGCCACCCUACUGUGGUCAGCCACGCACCUCCGAAUUCAGGGCCUUUGUCCAUGAAAUGAGGCAGGCAGUGAGCACAGACAUGGAAUGUGGAGGAAAUCAAGCUGCCUCUAAAAACAAAACAAAGCAAGCAAACUAAGGCUUCUUAAGACUAAGAAUUUUAAUUUAAUUUUAAAAGUAAAUGGCCCACAGCAUAAACACUGAACUUAUUCAGCCUCUGGAGCCCACUCCACCGACAUGCCCCUGUCUUCCCAUGGCAACCGGCUCUCUCCUCUUCCAAACAUUUCCUAAACUUAGGUGGUGGAGCUGCAGUACACCCUCUGGUUCGAUCAUGUGGCCACAUUAUCCAGUAACUGGAAUGGGGUAAACAAUCCACCAUCUUACAGGGUAUAUCUUUGUCAUUCUAAACUACUGAGAGAGAUGAGGACUGGUAAUGAGGAUCAGAAGGUUUCUUUUUGUUAAUCCAUAAGUCUCACUUAAAUCACACCACACUGGACUAUUUAUAUAUCAAAAAUGUCCGCAAACACCAUAGACCUGCACAGAGUUGCUGCCCUAAAAUGGAUAAUUAGUGAAAAAUUUGCCUCUGCUGCCAUUAAAGAGUGGCAGUGUUAUCAGGGGACUGUUAGUUACCGUGCAGUAUAAAUCCUGGACUAGAAGAGCUCUCCUGUUUUAGAUCAUUAUUAGCAUUCUCUGAAUGUGUUUGUACAUACACACACACACACACAUUCUCAGAAUAUAUGUAUACAUUCACACACUCCCAAUGAAAAGUUGUGUGAAAGCUACACAGGAGUACAGAGGCAUCUAUGUUAUCGCUUUUGCUUUUUGAUUCAUCUUGUGCUAUUUUGGUUACUGAGGAAGAGAGGGCAUGGAGGAGGUGACUUUAAAAACUAAAAGAACAAGUUUGCCACACAACAGGACAGUCUGUAGGGUCUGUUCUAAGAGGCGACUUUAUACGCUUUCCUUCUGGAAGAGAUAUAAAGGCUUCGGGAAGUAAAAUUAUUUUUUUAAGAGUCUGCUGGCACAUCCCCUCCCCUGCCUGCCACAGUCGUUCUUGCUGUCAAGGUUCAGCAGAGUAAUUAGUAGCAACAUUCCAAGAUGUAAAACGGGAUUUGUCAUCACAAGCUUGCCAAGAUAACAGAUUGUACAACUUGAGAUGCAUUUGCGUUGUUUAAGGAGUUCAGAAAGGUUGGAAGACUGGCUUAUAAAUAAAGAAGUAGAACCUACUGA